CAAAUGGGCCUUGGCGUGGACACCUCACACUUCAAUUCGCCGCAUAUGUGCAUCAUUGUCAACAACCGCGACCACACCGCGACAACAGCAUCCACGCCGUCGACAGGCGGCUGGCGGCGACCGCUGGCACCGCCCAUGCUAAAGCCGCUUUUGCCACAACCGUCGACACCCACCUCGUCGUCGUCGUCGUCGUCGUCGCCGCUGCUGCCAUCAUUGCAUCUGCUUCAACAGUUUGGCAAGUUUGCGCCACUGCCACGUCUCGUGCGCAGCAUCUCGAUGCAGAUCCCGCCCCUUGCCAGCAUUGACCGACAGAUCUCGUGCCCCGUCACGACGACCACCACCACAGAACUCAAGCCGCUCUCCAAGAAGCGCAAGAUGACCAUGGACGACAUUACAAGUACGCUCGAGUCGCCGCCGUUCAAGAAGGAGCGUCGGGAUGUCCCGCCGACACCGACACCGGCGCCGCUUGCGCCUCCGACCAAGCCGUCGCGUGCCAAUGCCCGGCAACCAUCGACGAUUGCGCGCCUCAAGACUGGCAAAGACGUCUGCGUUGUGCUCACGGCCGCUGGCGUCGUCGACUGGCAGGCCACGUAUUAUAUGUACGGCUUUGACAAGAACUCGGUGUUUUACUCGCUCAUGCCGCUCCGGAAGCUCCACGAGCCGUGGUCCAUUGCCGAGACGCGCUACUGCGUCGAGCUCGUGCGACUGCUGCAGGCGGGCCACAUGCGUGUGCCGCAAGGGCGCAUGAUGGACACGUACAUUGCCGAGAAGCUGCACUGCGAGGGCCUCCGCGUCUCCAAGAAGCUGCGUGCGAUCAAGAAGCGGGACCACGCGGCCAUGGGCAAGUUUGUGGGCAUGUCGCCGACCCAAGUCACGAUUCUCAAAGAUUGCAAAGUGGACUUUCUCAAGGGUCUGCAGUCCGAGAUCGACGCCAUCAUGGAGAAGGAGCACCUCGACCAGAGCUGGGUCGUCACGGUCAAGCACCCCGUGCACGCGCAGCAGCACCACGCGUCACCCUCGUCGUCGUCGUUGUCGUCAACCUAGUUCUCGCACAAUAAAACGCAAAAAAGAGAAAAAACGCAAAAUUUCGAAGCCGUGUUUUUAUUUCGCGC